UUAGAGUCACCGAAGUUUCCAAAGAGCCUCCCCUGUCUGGGCAGGACACACCUUUCAAAUAAGACCCCUGGAACUGUGCUCCUGGUAUCCGAAAUGCCGCUACCGCUGCGUCCUCCCCAGCCUCUUUCUCCCCACCUCUAGGAUUUAGCCUCUCCCCAAAAAGAGCCAGCAUCUUUGAGGACUCCCACCCUUAGCUGCUCUACUCCCGGAUGGAGCCAGGGAAAUGUGGUGGGGGGGCCGGGGCCAGAGUUUCAACAUUGCCCCCCAGAAGGAGGAGCCAGAGAUGGGGCUCUCUGGACCGAAGUCUAACCCAGGGAACAGGAUGCCGGAGCCCAGCAGUCAUCAGCUUGGCAGCUGCCUGGCCUCUGGUUGUCUCCCAGGGGAGCAUAUCCUAGCAUGGGCACCAGGACGAAGGAAAGGGCCAGGACUAGACCUGCCUGGAACUCUGAUCUGCACUAACUUUAGGGUAACCUUCCAGCCUUGUGGAUGGCAGCGAAAGCAGGAUACUCCUCUGAGUAGUGAAAAUGAUUUUGCCUUGAUCAACAUUGGUCGAUUAGAGGCUGUGAGCGGCUUGUCAAGAGUGCAGCUUCUCCGUCCUGGGUCUCAGCUUAAGUUCAUUCCUGAAGAGCUUCUGCUUCAUGGCCGGGACUUCCGGCUGCUUCGAGUUGGUUUUGAGGCUGGAGGGCUGGCACCUCAGGCCUUCCAGGUAACCAUGGCCAUCAUUCAAGCCAGAGCUCAGAGCAGUCAAGUCCAGCAGUAUAGAGGAAUAACCCUGAGCAAAGUUGGCAAGGUUUCUGGCUCUAGAAAGCCACCCAUUCCUCUCUUGGAGACUUUAGAAGACUGGGAAACAGAGUGCAAGAAGCAAGGGGCCAGAGGCUGGAGGGUUAGCACGGUCAAUGAGAGGUUCGAUGUAGCUACCAGUCUUUCAGGUUACUUCUGGGUCCCUAAUCGAAUUCUGGACAGUGAAGUCAGAAGAGCAUUUGCACAUUUCCAUCAGGGCCGUGGACCGCGCCUGUCCUGGCACCACCCCGGAGGCAGUGACCUUCUUCGAUGUGGAGGCUUCUAUAUAGCAAGUGACCCUAACAAAGAAGAUAUCAGAGCAGUGGAGUCGAUGCUACAGGCUGGGCACUCUGAUGUUGUCUUGGUAGAGACCAUGGAUGAGAUGCCUAGUCUUGCCGAUAUCCAACUUGCCCACUUGAAACUGAGGGCCCUUUGCCUGCCUGACUCAUCUGUAGCUGAAGAUAAAUGGCUCUCAGCCUUGGAAGGAACACGGUGGUUAGACUAUGUCAGGUCUUGUCUUCGAAAGGCCAGCGACAUCUCAGUAUUAGUGACAUCUCGGGUCCGUUCUGUAGUGCUCCAAGAGCUUGGGGAUCGUGAUUUCAAUGGCCUCCUCUCCUCACUCGUCCAGCUGCUUUUGGCUCCGGAAGCCCGGACAUUGUUUGGUUUCCAGUCACUAGUGCAGCGAGAGUGGGUGGCAGCUGGACACCCCUUCCUGACCAGGCUCGGGGACACUGGAGCCAGUGAGGAGGCCCCGGUGUUUCCUCUCUUCCUUGACUGUGCCUGGCAGCUCCUCCAGCAGUUUCCAGCGGAAUUUGAAUUCUCUGAGUUUUUUCUUCUUGCUCUUCAUGAUAGUAUCAGGGUUCCGGACACCCUCACCUUUCUGAGAAACACUCCCUGGGAGCGCGGGAAGAAGAGUGGACAGUUCAACUCGUACACACAAGUUUACACCCCUGAGUACUCCCAGCCCCUAGCUGGAAGCUCUGCUAACUUACAUCUGUCUGUCUGGGACUGGGAUUUACGCUACAGCAAGGAACAGAUAUCACAGUUCCUUAAUCCUGGCUACGAUCCGGAGCAUUGCCCAGACAGCAGGUUCUCUAGACAGCAGCAAAGCCUCAUGGUUCCUGGACCCCCUAGUUCUAUGUGGCUGUUCUCUAGAGGGACCCUGACCCCACUGAAUCAGCUCUGUCCUUGGCAAGACAGCUCCUCCUUGCUGGCAGUCUCUUCUCAUUGGCUCCCUCGACCUGCCAGAUCCUCCGAAAGCCUAGCUGACCAGGAAUGGGGGCUCCCCUCACAUUGGGGAGCUUGCCCUUUACCUCCCGGGCUACUGCUGCCUGGAUAUCUGGGACCACAGAUCAGGUUCUGGAAACGCUGUUACCUGAGGGGCAGGCCUGAGGUCCAGAUGGGCUCCUCAGCUCUCACAGUCUCUGCCCUUCAGGAUGAGCUUUCUCACCUUCAGGAACUGUUAAGACAAUGGACACCAAGAAUAUCUCCCGAGGACCAGAGCAAGAAAAGAGAUCCGAAUACCAUCCUCUCUCAGAUCUGCUGAAACUGUUUGUUAGCGUCGUUCUCAGAGGCAGGGCAGGGGUCUCUGCUCAUCUUCCUGUCUGACCUUGACGCCUCAGCUUUGGCAUUCCAGUCUGCAGAGUUCACUUAGAAGGCCCGUUUCUGUAGCAGAUGGUGGCGCUACCAACCUAAAGGUCUCCCGAUUUGUUUGAUUUCUGGGGCUAUUUUCAUUUCUUGUGAUUUGAAAACUAAGAAACAAGACCAGUUCAGAAUGUGAUUGCCCCUUUUCCCAGGCAAUUCUGUACCUUUUGGAUGGCCGUCAAAACUGUGACAUGAGAGACCCUUUUCAUCAGUCCCAACAAUGAUGUCCUAGAGACCUCAUUCGCAACCUCUCUACACUACUUUGAAAUCUUUUCUUAGUCUUCUGUGGGAACGAGGUGAAUAAGGGAGAAACCGUCUCCUCCCACUGUAUAUUUUCAUAGCAGCGUUUCUAUUUAAGGAGUUCAUUAAAGCACAGUAUUUCUACACA